CUCGGUCUGUAAGUUUUCUAAUCCGAGGCUGCCUCGCGCGGCAAGUCCGAGCCAUCGUGAGCAUCGACGCUCAGUUUAACUUGAAGUCGAAUAGAGACCGCGCGUGCCCGUAUAGUUUGCCCGAGACCACCAUGAGGCCGCACAUUCGGAAAGCUGUCGCUACCACUGCCUUUUUAAUAAUCCUAAGGCUUGCAAAAAAAAGAAAACAGAAAACUAAACGUUUUUGGAUUAAACUCUUAUACAAAAAUAGAUUACAGGCUGGGAACAGAUUAUUUGAAGAGUUGUGCUUCGAUGACGAAGAAAAAAAUUUCACUCGAAUGAGUAAAAUCGAAUUUGACAAUGUGUAUUCUCUCAUAAACGCCAAAAUAAGCAAGAAGGACACAAAUUUUCGAGAAGCAAUAUCCGCUAGGGAAAGAUUAUUAGUGACGUUGAGAUUUUUGGCCACAGGAGAUUCUUAUACCAGUCUACAGUAUCUAUUUCGUAUAUCAAAACAAAGGAUAUCGGUUAUAGUUCCUGAAGUCUGUGAUGCUAUAAUUGAGGUGUUAAAGGAUUAUGUUAAGAUACCAUCAUCCGAAGAAGAGUGGCUUACCAUAGCGAAAGAGUUUGAGAGCAAAUGGAAUUUCCCACAUGUCAUAGGAGCAAUGGAUGGGAAGCAUGUUAUAUUACAGUCGCCGAUAAAUAGUGGCAAUGAUUAUGACUGUUACAAAAUGUUUCCAAGUAUAGUGCUGUUUGCUUUAGUUGACGCUAACUAUAAAUUUCUGUACGUAGACGUUGGCAGCAAAGGACGUAUAUCAGAUGGCGGUGUGUUUAAAAAUACCAAUUUAUAUAAAAAGGUCGAAAAGAAGGAAUUGAACAUUCCUUCACCAGAAAUAUUACAAAUACCGUAUAAAAUUGCAGUGCCCUAUUUUAUUCUAGGCGAUAAAGCUUUUGCUCUCAAUGAUUACACAUUGAAACCUUAUGAAGGUACUCCAGAAAGAGGUUCAAUGGAAAGGAUUUUCAAUUACAGGCUGUCCAGAGCAAGAAGAGUUGUGGAGAAUGCCUUUGGCAUUUUAAGCUCCGUUUUUAGAGUACUGAGGAAGCCGCUACUAUUAGAACCAGAAAAAGCUACGAAAGUCGUAUUGACUACCAUAUGCUUAUAUAACUACUUGCGUAGAGAUUUAGCUUCCUCACAAAGGUUCACUCCCCCAGGAUCAUUCGAUGCCGAAGUUGAAGGGACAGUAAUACCCGGCCGAUGGCUAUAUAUAUCUAACAUUAUCCUUCCUAAGUCCUUUAUUUGA